GCACAAGGAAGCGCCUGACCAGCCCCGUAUGUAAACAAACCUUUCUCUGGAGAAAAUUGUCUUAUAUUUAGUAAAAAACAAACGUCUAAAUAUACCCAAACUCUGUCAUCAUGAGGCUCUGACACCCAGAGUCCAGGUGACCAGCACGUUCCUCUGAAGCUCCUGCAGCCGGUCCCUAAAAUGGCGUCCAGCGUGGGCCCCUCCUCACUGCUCCUCUCUCGUCCCUGGAUUCCUGUUGACAUUGGUGACUCACGGUUCCUCUGUAAAAGUUGGUUUGGUCGAAUGCAGUAUCAUGUUUUCCUACUGGACGGAGAGUGUCUGUGGGAGGAUCAAAUGGAGGCAGAGGGAAUUCAGACCCGAGCACAGGAGUUGAACCGCCGUCUCCGCGCCUCCACGGAGUCCUUCUUCUCUCACUUGGUGUCCGUGGUGAUACCAUUUCUGACGGGAAGUAGGCAUGGCCAUGGUACAGGAAGCGGUCCUGAUCAUGUGACCCUGCAUCGAGCAGAGAAUCACAUGACUCUGAGGCUGAAGAGUGAACUGGCUGGACUCCCCUUCUACUGGGAGUUCCACUGCUGCCCGGCCCCGGUGUCUGCUGUGUGUGGGCAGCUGGUGCGCCCCCUCCUGGUGAUGGGUGGGGCAUUGCAGAGGCAGGUGGACAUCUUGUUUAAACUGCUCCAAAGGAAAGACGCAGAGAUCCAGGACUAUCGAGAGAACGGGGCCCAGCUCACCCGAGAACGACUGCAGACCGAACCGUUCCAAGAGGAGGUUUUCAGACAGGACUUCAUGACAAAGGUGCUGCCUUUGCUUCUGGACCAGGAUUCUUCUUUGAACUUCAGCUCAGAUCUCUCGGACCUGUUCUCCUGCAUCGUGUCCCAACUCAAUCCAACCAAACGCAAACGCCAGAACUCAGGACAGGAGGAAGAGGAGGGAGAGAAGGGAGAUGGACCUCUUGUCGAGGAAGAGGAGAAGACUGGACAAAUGAAAGAAGAUGGAAAUGCAGGCAUUGAACCCAGCCAAAAUGAGACACAAACUCCAGUGAAAAAGACUGCAUUACCCAUAAUGCAACAGGCGGCGGCGUCUCCUCUGAGGGCCACAGAACGACCUGCUCCUAAGCCAAAGAAGAAGAAAGUGGGUCUGUUCAGGUGAACAUCGAGAACACACAAAAUGAGGACUGUUUUUAAAGUUUGUUUUUAACUUACUUUUUAGGAAUGAGGCAGUAUAAAGGCUGUGACAAAGUGUUUUAUAUUUAGUGUUUUAGACACAUUUUACAUUUGAAAUAAACGUCAAUUUACUUUGGUGAUUUUAAUGUAGAAAGUAAUAAAUGUGUUAAUAAUGAAUCAUAACUCACCACC